UGCGCACUAAUGUUUUCGGGUUCCUGUGACAGAGUUGGAACAGAACUCCUGUCUUCUUAGUACUGUACAAAACUAUACAUACAUGUCUCCUGUAUCUAUACAUCUCUCUCUCUCUAUAUAUAUGUGUGUGUAUUUGAACCGUUGAAGGGGUUGUUAUAGAAGAAGGAAGAAGUUAGAAUUUGAGUUGGGUUGGGAUUCUUUGCUUUUUUGGAUGGACUAUUAGACUUUCUUGCGAUUAGUUAAAAGUUCCAACAAAAAGAGAGAGAAAAAAAAAAGGCCCUUUUUUGGUUCUUCUGCCUUGUCUGCAAGACUCGUUUUUGCGAUGUUUUGAUGAGCUUUUCCAUGCACCAUGAAGCCAUACAAUUCUGUUUGUCUGUUAGCAGAUCCUAAGAGGAGCUCAUGUCUCUGCAGUCUCUUUGUUACCAUGUCGUUGGUUUGUGGUGCUUACUUCGUCGGCAGUGCAUGGCUGGGGAAGGAUUCUUAUACGUUAUCACCUGGACUCUUACUCAACACUACAGAGCAAUAUUCAGCCUCUGUCAAAUGCGAGGAGUCGCCAGCGCUGGACGUUGAAGUGAAUGAUGUCAGAGAAAAUACACAAGUUGAGAAAUGCAAUGACAAAUGCAGGCCUGUUGGGAGUGAGUCUCUGCCAAAAGGGAUUCUUUCCAGAACUUCAAACCUCGAAAUGCAACAUUUGUCCGGUCGUAUUUCAGAGGAUAACAAUCCAAAACGCAGAACGAGUUUGUUGGCCGUAGCAGUCGGGAUUAAGCAAAAACAACUGGCGAACGAAAUUGUUAAGAAGUUUCUAGGCGACGAUUUCAUUGUGAUGCUGUUCCAUUACGAUGGUGUCGUUGACGAAUGGCACGAUUUUGAAUGGAGCGACAGAGUCAUUCAUGUCUCGGCCACAAACCAAACGAAAUGGUGGUUUGCCAAGCGUUUUCUACAUCCUGAUAUUGUUGCUGAAUACGAGUAUGUUUUUCUGUGGGAUGAAGACCUCGGAGUUGAAAAUUUUCAUCCACAAAGGUAUCUGUCUAUUAUCAAGGAAGAAGGUCUGGAAAUCUCACAGCCGGCUCUCGACGCUGGAAAAUCAGAGGUACACCAUCAAAUCACUGUGCGAAACCGGAGAUCAAGGGUGCACAGGAGGUACUACAAGCUCAGAGGUGGUGCAUCUGGAAGGUGUGAUGGAAACAGUACCGCUCCCCCCUGUGUAGGUUGGGUGGAAAUGAUGGCUCCUGUGUUCUCAAGAGCAGCGUGGCGUUGUGUUUGGUACAUGAUUCAGAACGACUUGAUCCAUGCUUGGGGCCUCGACAUGCAGCUCGGCUAUUGUGCACAGGGUGAUCGAACGGUUAAGGUUGGUGUCGUUGACGAGGAAUAUAUACUUCAUCUCGGUCUUCCUACCCUUGGUGGCCAUUCAGACAAAAAUCAGACGACUGCCGAAUUGUCUAGCCAAUCUUCAAGUUCAAGGAACUUGUCCGAUUCAGGACCAUCGGCUAGUUCAGAGUUGCACAAUCCUAACAGCAGAUAUGCCAUUCGGACACGAUCUUACGCUGAAAUGAGGGAGUUUAGGAAUAGAUGGAACAAGGCGGUGAAGGAGGACCAGUGUUGGGUCGACCCGUUUGAACAAUCUGCAGCACCGCAGAGUACUCGUUAGCAGACGUCUGUCGACUUUUCAAGAUCCUCAUCGAAUAAGCAAGAAAGUGAUGGGAUCAUCGACGAUACCGUGUAUAGAAACACAGAUACGAAGACAAUACACUGUCUAUACGUACAUUCUUUUUUUCCAGACAACAUUGUGAUAAAGCACAAGAGCUUCAACUCCAAGCUAACUACCUCGGCCUGCAUUGAUGGUAGUUUUCAAAAUAUGGGGAGUUGCGCGAUUUCAAUCUUUUGUAUUUUUUUUUUUAAUCCUUGAAAUUGAUUUUCUCCCUAGGAAAUUGGAAAAAUAUAUAGUGUUGAGUACUGUUUUGGGCCUUUGGCACUGCGUUGGUGCUCAAAUGUGACCAAAUUCUCAAAGAAAUGAAAUUAUUUUUUUCUAAUUUAUUUAUUUUUCU